CGAAGAACCAACACCUGCCCGUGUUCUCCCCCGUUGGCACUACCGAUGUGGCACUUACUCACUGGCACUUUAACGUGAAGAAGGGCUUAUCUACUAAUUAACAGCGUGGUGUGAUAAGGAAUGACGAUUUCCAUCCGGUUAUGAGCAAGAGAGGAGGAGAGAGCAAGGCAAAUAAACACGGGUUUAUAAAUAGGGACUUAGCUGCUGUUUACUAUCCAUUAUGGUGCGAAGAACAUUAAUGUUUAUAUGUGUUCUGCUCAGCGGUGUGAGGGUCAGGGCACAGUCACGAGAUGAAGAAGGCUUCCUGCUGGCCGUCACUCAGGGGAACCUCGCCUGCUACUCGUGCACUCUGGACUUCCGAAAGAGCGAGUACGUGUGGGACCAUCCCUGCCUCGGCCGACACAGGGACAGCGAAGUCAACAAGACCUACUUGGUGGUUUGCGGGCCCAACGACCGGUUCUGCAGAGCCGAGAGAACCGAAGUAAACGGCGUGUUGGUGAAGCUGACCAGGGAAUGCAGCGAGUUGUGUUACUAUGGAUGUCGACCCAAAGGCUUCGGGAUCAACAGCGAGUCGUGUGCUCAGUGUUGUGACAGCAACGGAUGUAACAACAUGUACCCUAAGAGCUCGGCGGUGGUCCCUCGUGCUGACUAUGUUACGAUUUCUGUAAUGAGUGUCGUGGUUGUACUCUCUCUCUGUUGUUAUUAGGGUCUGUCUUUGUUUGUCUUCUCUGUAAGGGAUUUAUAUUUGGCUAUGUGAGCGUUUAAUAAGAUAUUUGUUUGUUUACCUGUCUAAUGUACCAUAUGCACGAGCCAUUAUCUUCAUUUUCUGUGACAUGCUACGACUUAUUCAAGAAAUGUUUUUUUUUUUAUCUUUGUAUCUAACAAAGGUACACACGAUCCCCAUACCAGUAUUUAAUUAAUAUCUUAUUUUCUCCUCUCUUCUCUUCUCUUCUCUUCUCUUGUCUUCUCUCUCCC